AGGAUAGAAACGCGCUGUCCAAUAACCACGCUCCAGAGAGUCCCCGUAGUCGAGUAGUAAACGUGCUGGUGGUGGUCUGGUGAGCGGAGGAGCGAUCCACCUCAACUCUGUCACCCACUCGGCUUUCCCUUCUUCCAUCGCCGCCGCAAUUCUCCGCCGAAUUCUCCGCCGCCCCGGCCACCGUCGAAACCGAAUCUUCCCGGAUCCUCUCCCGGACGGUGCUAGGGUUCCGGCGAGGAAGAGUACUGGAAAGUGUGCGGGCAGACGACCCACAAUAGCUCGGGUUCCAAAUUCACUGAAGUUUCGUGAAUUCUCGCCUUCUGGGUGUUCGCUGAAUCGUGGGUAGGCCUUGCAUUUUCUUUUUGAGCGCGCAGCGCAUCUGAACCGAGAGCCCGUGGGGGGGUUUCUUCCGUCGGAGGAGUGCUAAAUACAGGCAUUGCAGACUUGCAUGUUGCUGAACUGUUAAAGGUGGAUAUGACACUUUUAGACUAGACAUUGGGGUGGGUUCAAGCAUGAAGCCUUCUGAAGUGUUUCAAAAAGUCCAGCUUCAGAAGCCCAAUUCACUUCUUGAAAAACAAGAAUCUGGAGAAGAGAGAAGCUCAAAUGCUUUGAGUACUGGUCAUAGUGAAAGCAGUGUGUUAGAUCAGGCGCAGUCUACUCUGGAAGAUUCAGGCCUUUCUUCAACGUCCACCAUCGGUCCAGCACCACUGUGCCGGCAGUUUUGGAAAUCUGGGAGCUAUGACAAUGGGCAUAGUACCAAAAUCUCAAUUCAAAGUGGAAGAAACUAUCUCCAUGUCCACCCUAUGUUCCUCCAUUCAAAUGCCACUUCACAUAAGUGGGCCUUUGGGGCCAUAGCAGAGUUGCUUGACAAUGCAGUUGAUGAGAUCCAAAAUGGGGCCACAUAUGUUAUUAUAGACAAAACCUUAAAUCCAAGGGAUGGAAGCCCAGCAUUGCUAAUCCAAGAUGAUGGUGGUGGAAUGGACCCUGAAGCACUGAGGCGGUGUAUGAGUUUUGGAUUUUCAGAUAAAAAAGAGAAAUCAGCUAUUGGACAAUAUGGAAAUGGCUUCAAAACGAGCACCAUGAGACUUGGUGCAGACGUCAUUGUCUUCAGCCGCCACAUGAAGGAUAGGGUGUCAACUCUGAGCAUCGGCCUUUUGUCAUAUACAUUCUUGAUGCAAACAGGGCACGACAGGAUUGUGGUUCCAAUGGUUGACUAUGAGUUUAAUGCAAGCAGUGGGACUCUGGAGAUGUCUCGUCGCUAUGAUAAACAACAUUUCAAGGCAAACCUUUCCUUGUUGCUGCGGUGGUCUCCAUACUCAAAUGAAGCAGAUCUUGUCAAGCAAUUUGAUGACAUUGGAUCCCAUGGAACAAAAGUUAUCAUUUAUAAUUUGUGGUACAAUGAUGAUGGGAAAAUGGAGUUAGACUUUGAUGCCCAUCCCCAGGACAUCCGUAUUAGUGGAGAUAUUAAGAAAGUCGAAACAAUUCCUGCCUGGAAACAAGUAAAUGAGCAGCACAUUGCUAAUCAACUCCAUUAUUCUCUUCGUGUAUACAUGUCCAUUUUAUACUUGCGAAUACCUGAAAGUUUUAAAAUAGUGCUCCGUGGUCAGAAUGUGGAGCAUCAUAAUAUUGCAGAUGAUCUCAAAUAUAUCCAAUAUAUAUUAUACAGGCCUCAAACCGCUGGAUUUGUGGAGGGUCAGGUUGUAACUACCAUAGGAUUUUUAAAGGAAGCUCCGCAUGUGAACUUGCACGGGUUUAAUGUGUAUUACAAGAAUCGACUGAUACUGCCAUUUUGGAGGGUUGUGACCUACACAGAUAGCAGGGGUAGAGGUGUUGUUGGUGUUCUGGAAGCGAAUUUUAUCGAACCAACUCAUAACAAGCAAGAUUUUGAGAGAACUUCUCUUUUUCAGAAGCUGGAAGUUCGGUUGAAAGAAAUGACGUCGGAAUACUGGGACUAUCAUUGUGUAUUGAUUGGAUAUCAGCCUAAGAGGAAGGUUCGAGCAUCGGUAUUUGCAGAGAAUUCAUCUCAUUCUGUUCCUCAUGGUGGUGUUGAGAAGCCCAUUCUAUUGGGACAGAGUUCACCUUCUAUGACUAGCAUAUCUGAAGCACUUGCACAGGACUCAAUGAAUAAAGGGUCUGGUAUGAAGCGCAAGGCGGUUGAGCUAACAGAAACUAAAAGGGCAAAUAUGCAGACGGCGGGAGGGCCUGGCAUUAAUGAUGACUGGGAGGUCGAAGAGAUACAGCCUAUCGAUAUCCCUGGGAACCAGUCAAAUGAUGUGGAGGCUGCAAACAUGGUGCAAGAACACAAGAAGCUACUUGCGAAAUGUUCGGAAUAUGAGAACAGCGUGAAGGAACUAAGCGACAAGUUGGCUCGGCUUAGAAGUGAACUAGGAGAAGCUCAGCGCGAUCAUUCUCGACUCUUGGCCGAAGCACUCUCUCUCGGCUCAAUCAAGAAGGAAGACAAUGCAAGUAUGCCGUCUCGGUGAAAGGCUCUUCAGUUUAUUCAUGUGUAAAAUUUUUUGUUGUACUUGUAGUUCGGUCAGGCCAUCAAGAAUUCGCAAGUGCCACAGGCCUGAUCGCGGGGAGAGAAAGCUCAGCGCCCUCACAGUUCCUAACAGAGGCUUUCAUCCGGAGAAGUCAUCUUCUUGGCUAAAUGCGACCGAGAAGAUCAUCGUCGUGACAGGGAAUGAAGUUUACCUGAAGUUGACAUGUACCAUCUAUAACAGUAGGGUUUAUCUUAUGAUGCCUCCAAUUCUAACUCCGGUCCUUCUUCAUUUGUAAUCACUUUGUUUUCCUAAUUUCCAUUUUUUCAUUUAAGUUUAUUCAACCUUAACACAUAAGUAAGUACAUAUAAACGUUUCACAUGUGUUUCAGUCAAUUUGUAUGUGAUGUCUACAAUUUUAGUUUA